UCUACUGAGCUUAAAGUGGGAAACAUUCCUGGUCAAAGAUUAGUCCCGUCAAUACGCCCAUUUGUCGGCAGAACCAAGAAGUCAUGUUGUUAUAAUCACUACAGUGAACAACGCCCACUCAUCGACUACGGCUUUCCAGAGAAAAGUGUCGACAAAAUGUCUGGAUCCUCUCACCGAAUUAAAGGACUAGCUACUAAAACAACAACCGAAAACCAAGAUUACAAUAUUAGAAAGAUUACAGUUGGUGAAGUUGACCCAACUCAACCCUCCAAGCAUGGCAAGGUAUUAAUGCUGUUGGGAGCUACAGGCUCGGGAAAGAGUACUCUGAUCAAUGGCUUUGUCAACUUUAUCAUGGGUGUCCAGUACAAGGAUAAAUACCGCUACAAACUUAUAACUGAUGAAGGAAAGAAGUCGCAAGCUCACAGUCAAACAAGUUCAAUUACUGCAUAUACAUUUCCUAAGAGGAAAGAACAUUGUGGGCUUCCCUUUACUUUGACUAUCAUCGACACACCAGGUUAUGGUGACACAAGUGGUCUCGACAGAGAUAAACAAAUCACUAAGCAGAUAAAGGAGUUCUUCUCCCUUGGAGGGAAACAAGGCAUCGAUCACCUGGAUGGCAUUGGCUUUGUCGUGCAAUCAUCUUUGGCCAGACUUACCCCGACUCAGAAGUACAUCUUUGACUCCAUCCUCAGCAUUUUUGGCAAAGAUAUGGGCAAGAACAUUUUUAUGAUGGUGACAUUUGCAGAUGGAAAAAGGCCACAGAUACUAGACGCAAUAAAGGCGCAAGGCUUUGAGUACCAGCAGGUGUUUAAGUUCAAUAAUUCAGCACUUCUUCCAGACGAAGGUGCAGAUGACGACGAUGAUGAUUCUUUCAAUGAAAUGUUCUGGAAAAUGGGAGAGAAAAGCUUUCAGCAUUUCUUUAAGGAAUUUGGUAAAGUCCGGAGUGUCAGCCUACAAUUGACAAAAGAAGUUCUCAAGGAAAGAGAACAGCUCGAAUGCCUCAUUCAGGGUCUUCAGACGCAAAUACAACUUGGUUUGUCUAAAGUAGAUCAGCUGCAUCAAGAAGAACGCAUCAUGAAGCUUCACGAGAAAGAUAUUGAGACAAACAAAGAUUUCACCUACGAAAUUACAGAAACCAGGCAGCGAAAAAUAGACUUACCUCGGGGAACACAUACAACCAAUUGCCUGAGGUGCAACAUGACAUGCCAUGAUGAUUGUGCUUACGCAGACGAUGCAGACAAGAAAGAUUGCUGUGCAAUGAAUAGUUCAGGCUACUGUAAAGUGUGUCCCUCAGGUUGCUACUGGAAUAAUCACAAAAAUAAUCCAUACAGGUUUGAGUUGUACGAAGUACAAGUGACCAAGACCUCAGAUGAGAUCAAAAAGCGCUACAAAGAAGCAGAGAGCAAGAAGACGCAAAAGGAAGAAAUCAUGUCAGGCCUUACAAAUGAACUCGAGAUCAUGUACUAUGUCGUGUUCUCGAACAUCUCCAACGCUAGAGACAGCAUUGCACGCCUUGAAGAGAUUGCCUUGAGACCCAAUCCACUCUCUGAAGUCCAGUAUAUCGAUCUGUUGAUUCAGUCAGAGGAAAUGGAAGCUAAAAAAGGCUUUACUAGACGAGUACAGUCUUUGAAAGAAGUCCGUCAACAAGCACUGGUUUUGACGAAAAUCAAGGAUGAAAAGUCCUUCAAGGAAAAGUGCAAAGCUGGCGCCAUUCAUUGCUGGAAGUCCGUCACCAGUUACCUAAUUGGCUCAAGUUUUGAUGGCCAAAAAAGUGAGCAAAGCAUUGCUCGACAUAUCUAACAUAUCUGAAGGACUCAUGAACACCAAUAUAUUACUUAUCUUAUAACAGUUUAGCCUGCAUCUAGAUACUAUCUUAGGAAUAGCUCUUACCGAUGUGGAAACUGAGAUCUCCAAGUUGUUAACAGUGUUAAUCUCGAUUUGUUGCAGUUUUUAUAGGAACUACUACGGCGAAUCCAGAAAGUUACAAAGGAGUGUGGCUAUUAUUAAUCUAUAAGAAAGAAUCUAAUACUGACUAAUAACUGAUUUUUAUAUAGCCACCCUAUCGCCUGGAACUAGCCUGCUUCCAUUUGGCUUUAUGAACGUGUUUACGAGUAAACGCUGGAUGAACUCAGGAUACCCUGGAACUAAUCAGGAUUAGGACUGGAUAUAUGAGUUUGUAAUAGAACUAGCUUCGAACUAUCUAAACGUUUAAUAUGAAUCAAAAUCAUUAUACUCGAUAUCUUUUUUAUCCAUUUAAGUCAAGAAAGGGGGCGCAGCAAAAACGUCAUUGUAGACUUGUACUGAGUAGACCAUUGUAGUAUUAUUGUAUUAGUAAUAUUUGCAUUCAGCCCUUACAAAGAAAUAAUUGCACAUUGUUGACAGUACUAUAGCAAAUAAUAAUAAAGCAUUGCAAUUGAA